CAGGUGAGUGAAAGAAGCCCAAAAGGAGAAAAGGGAAAACAUUGCUCACGCAGAGCACAUUCCUGCCGUUCGGGAGUUGUGAAUUUUGCCGUAAAGAAUUGGCCACUUUGCCUAUCUCUUGCCCCGUUUGUUACCCUUCCACUCAUCCGCAACACAACCAUGAUAGAGAACCUCUCCAAAAAGCGUAUGGUGUUUGGAAUCAGCUGCCUCAUACUACUAACGAUAGUUGUGCUGAUCAUCGAAUCCAAAUGGAUGAAGGCGGGCUCCCGUCGGCAGGAGUUUGUGAUCGAGAAUAAUUCCACCUGCUGGCAGCGCGAAACGUACGAGGUGAUCAAGGACUGCCAUCCGUGCACCGCGUUCGAGAUCGCGAGCAAAUCCCAGGGCGUCUGCGUCCACACCCACAACAAGGAGGUGCUGAAGUGUAUCGGCGGAGAAAUCGUCACGCGAAGCUGUGAUCGGGUCGCGUGGCUAGACGAGCGGCACUACUGGUCGUUUCAAAUUUCGCUAACCAUCAUCGGCACACUUUCCGCAGCCGUUUCCUUUCUGCGGCAAAAAACACUAAACCGACGGACUAUGCUGAAGAUCCAGCGGGAGCUAGGUGCAUAGGAGUUCGCGUACGUACCCCCGCUUCCACCACACGACUUUGACGAUGAAGCUUUACCUUAAGUACUAUCGACUGCUACCCAGCACGGAGGGUGGGUGUGUGACCGGUGCGCAGCACUCCGUCCGAGCUUUGGACGUUCCGCUCGAAAGCUACAUCGUGCUGGUGCUGUACCGCUACCUAGAACUUAACCCCACGGACGUUGUGGUACACUUUGUGCAAUGCAAAGCGACCACCAAUGUUCUACGCAUUGUGCUUCCUACCUCGAGUGUGGAAGCGUCGGCGUUUUUCACCGACGCCGCACCGCUGCCGGACGAUCCGGCUCUGUUCUGUCAGCUUCCCUCGAUCGCUAUCGAGCGGAUCAAUACGAUUGUGUCCGGACUGUGUGGCGUUUGUCGGCGACUAACCAAGCAGCACGUGGCGGCUACGAAAAGUUCCGCCGAAUUGCUUGGUUUCAAGGGAAAUACGCUCGUGGCACCGGCGGACGCUUCCCUGUGGACGAAGUUCUGCGAGCUUGAUAUGGUGCGGUGUGUGGAGGAGGUGCUCAAGCUCGGUGUCAACGAUAGCCAGCUUCCGGCGGAAAUAGGACAGCUGGAAAGCCAUCUUGUGCAGCCACUGAAAUCGCACAACAUUUACAAA